GAAAGAAACGCAAACUACAGUUAGAUACUAGACAUGGCCUCCUUCGGUUGCUGCUUAAGCUUCGUCAUUACUUUUACACUUCUCUCACUGCCACAAAUCUUUUGUAGCUGUCCAGAGAGCAUCUCCCAUUUUAACAAGACUAUAAUAGACAAUGGUCUUGGACCUUUAAACGCUACGGAAUAUGUCGGCAGGACGGCAACCUUUACUGGAACUGUUCCUGCUGCAUGUAGUCUGUUAAGACUCUACAUUGAUGGAUGUUAUUCAUCAAAAAUUAACGUUAAUAUUACUAAUAUUGGUAAUCAUAAGAAAAAACUUUCAUAUGUGACCCCAGUUCUGAAUAUGUCUCAUGAUGGGACAACAUACGAUAUAUGCACUCAUUGCGGUGGUGACCGUUAUGAGUGCUUUCUGACUGCUUAUCUUUCAGUUAAAGAUAAACCAGUGUUGAAUGUAAAUGCCAUUGCUACUUGUAAUGGCAUACAAGUGGAAGGACAGAAAGACAAUGACACAGUCAUUAUGGCCACAGUGAAGGACUCUCUUAACCACACUGUGUUUCAUUGCAGCAUUUCAUCUUUACCGUAUUCGAUUAAUUAUACUGCACUCCCUCCUGGUAUUGACUUUAAUAUUGAAUUUGCCGGCAUUAAUCCAGCUGGAGUGGGAGGAGCAUUGGAACAAACAGUGUCAUUUGAGAAUUUAACUUACUUUCAACUGGGACCCUUUGAGGUUUUGUUUGAAGAGGACAAGGAGCAAUUAGUCAUCGGAUUCAUUUUCAAUGACACCAGGAGUCCAUCAUGGGCUCCUGGUAAUUGUUUUAUAAGACCACAAGAGGUGGAGGUCAGCUCUAUCUGUAUACUUGGAGGGAGUAGAUCCUUUGAUAUCAGUGAUACUGAUAAUGUUACUGUUGAUCUGUUGGAUGUAAUGGCUGGUUCUGAUUGUGAAUUUAAUGUAUCGUCAGGAAAAAUUAACUAUCAAAAAGUUAUUAACACCAGGCCAGUAGUAGCUUCUGUAUAUCCUGAGAUUACAACUAAUGGACAGUUCAAUAUUACUGCUGAUUACAUUCGCGGAGUACCAGAAUUAGUGAUACAAGUACUAAUGUCAAAUGGAAGUGAACACUCUACUCAAGAGAUUAGCCUGAGACCUGAUAAUGGCAGACAUUCACUGACUGUUUUAAGCAAUGUACUGUUAGCUAAUGGUAGCUAUACUGUUAAUGUGUUUAUUAAGAAACGUAAUGGGACAUUGCUUAUGGUGGAAAGUGGUAUACCAAUUCACUGUGUGAUGAAAGAAGAGGAUGAUAAUAAUAAUAAUGAUCAUGAUCAUGAUCAUGGUGGUGGUGGUGGUAAUGAAGUUGAGUCUGAUGGAUUAGAAUGGUGGAUUUAUUUGAUCAUUGCAGUACUUUGCUUGAUUGUUCUUUUUUCCAAAUCAGUUGCAUUUGCAGGCUUUGUAACUAUAGUUCGCAACAGAAGGAAUUCUAAUAGAAAUAGAAAUCAAAUCCCAGAACUGGAACAGAACAGAAAAAAAACUGUGGAACUGACAGAAAUGGUUCAACAGAAUGACCGUAUGGAAGAAGUGCAUGUACCUGCAAAUGAAAGAGAAGUGGGGGAAGAAGAAGAUCGACCAAAUGAACUUCUUGAAAGAGAAGGAAAUAAUAAAAGAGAGGUGGAUAAUGUAGAGAAAUCAAACAAUCUACAUGAACAUAACCAGCAACCAACAACACCUGAAGACAGUGUACCAACCCUACUACCUCAUAAUACUCUCCCAUUGCCUGUUGCUGAUACAGGAGCACCAGAUUAUACACAAAACCAGCAGCAGUAUUAUAAUCCUACUCCACAAGAACCAUCUGUAACUGAUAGUACCGAAAAUUCUGCUGCCUGUCUAAUUUCACAGAAGGAUAAGGCACCUAUUCUCGGCUCCAUUUCUCAUCCUACUCCUGUUCAAACCACAUCACGAAGUGGUACUGGAUUCUCUACUGCAUCGGAAACUGCUGCUUUGUUACCUUUAUCAGAACAGCAUGGUUACUGGCAUGAAAUCAGUGAAGCUUCUGAACAUACUAAAACUGAUCUGGUGGUUACUAAAACUGAUCUAUUGGUUAAUAGUCCUCCAAAUCCUCCAGUUACCAUUCCACAACUUGUGGAACCAGUUGAUGAGUCUCAGUCUAGUUCAUUCAAUCCGUCUAAUGAACUUGUGCAGCCUGUUGGAUCAGAUAGUAUUGCUUUUGUUGGUAUUUCUGCUGGAAAUAGUAAAACCGAUAAAGAUUUCCUCGUUAUGCCACCUGCUACUUUUCACAGACAAUUUUCUCGGAGUAUUUCUCAAGAGUAUCCACAGAAAAUACUGGAGGGUUCUUGUCCUACCACACCUACUGCUGUAACUCCUACUGACCAACUUGUUUAUUUUGAAGUUGGAACAGAUGAAAAAUGUAACCAGAAUUAAUUGAGCUGAGGAAAAUUUUUGUAAUAGCUGCAUUGCCGCCUCGCUGCUACUUAUUUUUAUAUUAUAUAUAUUGCUGAUAAUUAUUUGUACUGUGUCAU